GCCAUGUUUAUUUCAUGACCAUUGAUCGUGUAAUAACAGAAGUGUAACUAUCAUAGUAAAAUGGCAGAGGCAACAGAAAUUGGUUGCUGUCUCUGUGAGUCAAGAAAUCUUUCUAAGAUUGCUUACAUAUGGUGCUCUGUUUGCGAAGAAGGACUGUGUGUAGAUUGUUCAGAGUACCACAGAGUUUCCAAAUUAUCAAAACAGCACCAAACUUUUCCAAUCGAGUCAUACAGGAAACUUCCAGAAUUUAUACGCACUUUAAGUAAAACAUGUUCUUUACACUAUGAACCGCUUGAGUUAUAUUGUGGAACGCACCAGGAACCUUGUUGCACAGAAUGCAUUGCAACUAAACAUUCUUUAUGUCCUGGUACCACUUUGCUUAGUAAAACCGUAAAGGGUAUUAGAGACUCUGAAUAUCUCGCCAGCACUAAGAGAAGGAUUGCAGGUGUGAAAUCGUACGUUGAAGAGAUGAAACAAAAUCGACGUGCAAAUAUUGACCGUUUGAAACAACAACGUGUUUUAAUUUGUGCGGAAUUAGCACGAAUUAAAGAUGAAACUCAUAAAAAUUUAAUCGAUAUCGAAGCCAAACUUGUCAACGAUAUAGACGAACAUGUAAUGUCAGAGAUAGAAACUUGUAAAAAUGCUGAGUGUAUAAUGAAAGAUCGACUUUUGAAACUACAUGAGCUAGAGAUGGGGAUUUCAGAAGCCGAAAAUUACGGGAACGAGGAGCAAAUAUACUUGGGUCUUAAACACUUAAACAACUGUCUAGCAGCUGAAGAGACAAAUUUAAAAUCCAACGUGGAGGACUCGUGCCAUGAGAAGGAUAUCGAAUUUAUUCUGGCCGAAGAAAUGAAGCUAGUAACAAAGAUUCCCUCCAUGGGAACCAUAAAAUUAAAUGUGAAACCAGCAGUUAUUUGUUCUAUUGUCCCAAAGUUAUCAGCUCAAAUGUUCUCUUCGAAUGAAGCCAGUUAUAACAGUAUGCCAAUUUGUUACGUCAAAAGCGGUUCACCGGGAAUCGUUAUAGGAACAGCAAAUACUCGCAGUAUGAUACAAUUGUCAGACGGUAAAAUUGUUCUUUCAGUUGCUUAUGAAAAGGAUACGCAUGGUUAUUUUUAUUUAUUUGAUUCAGAUGGACAUUACAUUGAAAGAAAAUUUAGUUAUCGAUGUCCAUUUGGUCUUUCAAUGGUGAAUCAAAAGUUAAUUGCUUCUUUCGAAACUGCCAAGGUAGCUAAAUAUUUAGAUUUGGCUGAUUUUUCAAACAUUUCUGACAUAGCUAAUGGCAAAAUUUACGGACUUUCAUGUUAUGAUAACAUACUGGCCAUGGCCAUAAGAGGUAACGGUAUAACCUUAUCCAAAGAAGGCGAAAAACCUUUCAAAACAAUAAAUGUUAAAUAUCGUUAUCUUGCAUAUAUUCAUCUUUGGAAAAAUAAACUCUUUUACAGCGAUUUUACUGAGCAUUGUGUGUACUGUUUAGAUUUGGACGGAGAAGAAAUUUGGAGGGCGAAAUUUGAUGAAAUUAAAGGACCACGAAAUAUCUGUACUGAUCCAUUCGGAAAUGUUUUCGUAGCAGCUGUCGAAUCAGAUGCCGUGUUUGCAUUGUCACCAGACGGAAAGAAAUGCAAGAAACUUCUCAGUGUUGAUGAUGGCAUGAAGGAACCAAAAGCACUUUAUUUCAACACACAAAGUUCUGAAUUGCUUGUCGCAAACAAAUGUGGAAGCAUAUUUAUCUGCAGCGUUAAGUAUCACGGCUAAAAAAAAAACCAAUCUAAAUUUUAAAUUUUGCUUUAGAAAGGAGUCAGGCUAUCGGCUCUGCUAGUUUUGUUAUGGCAUCAAACAUGCACGACUGGAAUAAUAAUACGGUUAAUUAGAAGAAAACACUUGAUGACUUGUGAAAAUAAUAUAAGUAGAACAUCAAAGAUUAUUGGAAUUGGAAAGUUACACUUUAAAGUAUGGUUGCGAUCUGAAGGAGCGGUUGACACGUCAUACUCUAUUAUCGAAAGGAACCGAGGAAGAAAGAACAAGUGUGACAAAAAUAUUUAUUUAAGUGUGAAACACAUCUCCACACUCAUUUACAGUUAUGAUAAGAGCAAUGGAUUCGAAAGAACAAAUUUUAAAUACAUGUAGAUAAUUAUGUGAAAAGUACAACUCUUUGGCUGGCAUCUGUACAACUUGAAGAUUCUCUUAAAUAAAGUUCCAUAUAGCUGAUGAUAAUCUAAUUCGUCCGAGGUAUAUGAGAGGUAAUUUUUGAAAUACGAUUUGGCAAAUAUAUUAAGUCCUAGUAUUCUUGUCAUAACAAAGAGGCGAAAGAGAUUGGUGAAGGGGAUAUAUUUAAAACCUAUCUGCUCUCAUAUUAUGCCCCACCUAUGAUAGUAGAGAGCAUUAUGUUUUCUGGUUUGUUCGUCUGUUCGUCCGUCCGUCCGUUCUUACAGCUUCAGGUUGUAUUUUCUUGGUUAAAAUAAUCAUUGACUUCUAUCCUGUCAUUGGAAAGGUUGUUUUUCAGUCCUGACCCGACUAAAAAUUUAUUUCCAUAAUCCUCAACAGAAUAGUUUUUUUUUUUUAUUAAAAAUCAAACCUUUCAAAAAAGAAAUAAACGCCGGACCUAUGCUACAUGCUAAAGAAUGUGACGGGAAUUAACAGGCCCGAGAAUACAGUUUUUUCGUAGUCAUUUCUUUCACACAAAACAAAAAUUAAAUUAAAACUCGCACCUGAUCUAUGCCAAAAAUAUUUUUAAAGUGUAGUGCAGCUACAUUUUGGACAAAUUAUAUCAAAUAUUUUGAGAAUAUCAUCGGCUUUAGCACAAAGUAUUGAUAAUUUAAUGUUAAAAAGGUUUAUAUUCAAUAUGGCAGCUUCGAAUAUAUAUUAAUUAAAAAUAUUUUUAAUCAAACCGGAGUUAAUUAAUUUAGAACUAAAUAAAUAAAGGUUAAGAAAAUACAUAAGAUAACUAAAGUAAUAAAAUGAAAGUUAUUGUCUUUUUGAAUGUUUUCUUCUCUGGCUAUGCCGACAAUCAAAACAUACUUUAUGCAGUUAUUUAUAAGCUAUCAAAAUUAAAGAUAUUCGAAUAAAUUAGAUUAAUAUGUUACUACCGUCAUUCUUUUGAUAGAAAAAUAUAGUUUUUUGCCUAAAAUUGACAAAUAAAUUUACUUUUUGUACACUAGGCACAGAUUCUCCAUGACAGACAAAAAUGUUUCCGUCCCCUUUGUCCCAAACGAUAGACCCCAGGGAUAAUUCCAAGUAUUUACCGUAAGUCACGAAAAGAAGUGAAUACUUUCAACACGGGCAAUAAGCAUUUUCAGCCAUUUAGUCUUGCUAAAUUUUCAUCCUAAUUGUUGCCUUCCUCUGACUCUAUUGAAAAUGCAUUAGAAAGUUUUAUCAUCUAAUGAAUAGAGAUUGUGUCAGAUAAUUCUCUUCUUUUAUACAAAAUAUUAGAUAAUUAUUGAUA